UUCCAUCAUCUAGGUACCAGACUUUAAGAUUUGAAUACAGAUUUUGGAUGAUGGGAUGGAUGGCGAGACUGAAGAUGGCAGGCCCCAGAAGAUCGCCUUGCUGAAAGCCCACGGCAGAUGAUAGUUCAUUUGCCCUGUAAACUAGUUUAGAGGGCUCACUAUAGCAUUGAAGGAGUGGGGACCCUGAAAGAGGUGCAAGAUACUGGAGCCACUAUUAUAAUAAUACUUUACCAAGGUGUUCACCUUUCUUUGUGGGGAUGUGCUUUGGAUACUUGAUCCACUAUUGGCGAGAAAAGAAUAUUCGAUUGUCAAGGAUCUUAAUUUACGUAUUAUGGGUCGUCGACUUAGCCUUGCUGUGGUUGACUUUCUACUCGACCGAGUUUAUGAAAAAACCUGGCUAUGAUAACCAAGCUUUAGAUAACUUUCUGAAUUCCUUUAGGCGACCAUUAUGGGCUCUUGGACUGGGCUGGCUUAUUCUUGCAUGCGCUGAAGGUUUUGGAGGCCCAAUCAACUGGUUCCUGUCACUGAAGCUUUGGAAAUUGCCAGCUCGGAUUUCGUAUGCGAUGUAUUUGUUGCAUGUACCCAUACUAGACGUUGUUGUGGGAGCACCUACGCAAGCCAUUUACUUUUCUAUGAUGAAUGGCCUUUACCUUUGUUUUUCUCAAUAUGUGAUAUAUUUCAUAGCCAGUUUUAUUAUAACGGUUAUGGUGGAUUUCCCGUGUUCCAAUAUUAUCAAAAUAGUCUUAGGUGACGGGUUCAAAAAGUCUAAACCAGAGCAACGAAGUAAUGAGAAAGUAUCAGACAAUCAACAAGUGAUUAAUGAAAAACAAAGCUAGUUAACCAAUGCGCAUUUUUUUAGUUGGACUUUGAAAUUACACAAGGCACAUAAUUGUUCAACACCUCAUACCAACC